AAGCGAAUUUCUGCUUCCACCUUCACCAGUCUGCGCUUACACUACGGUCCCAAUGGACACUAUCGUUUCAAAGACGGUAACAUCCUCAGACGGAGGUUACAUCUACGCCGAAGCAAUAGGUGACCCAACCAAACCCGCGUUAGUCCUGAUUCCAGGAUGGACUUUACCAGGUUUCGUGUUUGAUAAACAAUUUGAGGAUAUCAAGUUGACGAAAGAGCUUUAUUUGAUCAGAUAUGACCCGCGUGGACAUGGGGGUAGCGUCAUGCCAGAAACAGAGGAGGGGCACGCGUCAAAGCUUUAUGCAGAUGACUUUGCAGCUGUGUGUAAAGCGUUUGGAGUGGUUAAACCUGUUGUUGCGGGCUGGAGUCUAGCAGGUGCCAUAAUCUCCGACAUCUGCGAACACCUGGGCCACGAAACCAUCUCUGGAGUCAUCUACUUGGCUAGCGUCCCUCACCUUGGUCCGGAAUUCGUCUCUCAAGUUGUUCCUCCAUCCCUAUUCGAAUCUGCAGCUGGACUGUUCUCAACCGACGACGUCGCGUUUCACAAAAAGUCUCUGAUCGCGUUUGGCAAAUCCCUCUUCGUCUCACCCGAAUCUAUACCGAUCAAAACACGAUGUGCAUGGUUGGGUGCGAGUUUGUUUCAGCCACCUGUCGUGACGGGACUCGUAAUGCAACGGAAACAAGAUCCGACGAAGCUGUUUGAAGCCGGGAAGAAUGGAAUGCCAGUACUCUUUGUGCAGGGGGAACAUGAUCAACACCGGACCAGUAAGACGAUCAUUGUCGAUAUGCUGGGGGAACAUUUUACGCGAAAAGAGGUGGUGAUUAUGGAGGGAACCGGGCAUGCGUUUUUCUAUGAGAAGCCGGAGGAGGCGAACAAGCUCCUGUUGGAUUUCACGAGGAGAGUCACUAGUUCGUAAGUUGAGUGUUUUCGUAAGUCAAGAAAUGGAGUUCGACUCGUUCUGGAAAGCGCUCAACUCGAGACUUAUGCUAAGUAGUACUCAUCCAAGACCUGAGACUGUCGAUAAAUGUUUUUGUAAAGUAACCUUUGACGUUGCGAGAUGAUGGGCAGAAAUUGGCGCUCGAUGGAAGCGUGCCGCUGAAACC